UCUUCACCGCUUCCGUCGUCCUCACUCUUAUCUCACGACUAUGAACCACCACACCAAGAGAGAGUCUUUUUCUAACCACUCUCAGCCCGUGAGCAGUGUCCGUAAAUCCGGAUCAAGGGCGUUCCCAAAGAUGACAAUAUGGAAAAUCUGAUCGCUACACCCAAGCCAUUCCCCGAUCAGCUUGGUGUUGCAAAAGAGGCCAUCUCUGCCAUUCGUCCCGAUGACUGCUCGAUGUCACGGGGUCUGGGUAAGGAAGUUGUCAAGCUUAUCUGUCAAUGGUACGGCGGUUACUGUAGCAGCAGAAGCUAACAGCCUAUUUGCUGCAAUCGCCGGGAACGAGCGGGUCGAAGCCUCACCCUGCCACGUGUUUGUCGAGAUGGAACAUGUUUGGUGGAACGAGGCCAGCGUCGACAAGUACUGCGAUCUCACACGUAUUGCCAAUGUCAGCCCAACCAUCCGGAAUUAUAGUCUCUAUCAUCGUCCUGCUAUGGGUUGACCACCGUCUACGCAGCAUCACAUUUUAAUGUGCUGUAUUCGGUACAAACCCAGUCGGAGUACAGAACAGCGCCUUGCAUACCAGAAGUCAUAGAACUGCGCCGGCGACAGCGCGCAUUGCAGAG